CUCACCUUCACAGACCGGACGCUGCUGCUGCUGCUACAAGUAAUACUGCUGCUGCAGGUAAUACUGCUACUACAGAAAUAUUGACAAGGACUUGAUCUUUCGGGGACAACAUGAAUGCACGAUUCUGCUCAGGGAAAGUAUUCACAUUACAGCUACUGAUCCUUGUUUUCUUGUCUGCAUACGUAUUCUACCAUGAAAGAAAAACAGAGCUUAUCAGCAAGUGGAUUCAAGAGUCUCUAAAAUUACAGGAGAGAAAAAAACCUGUAAAUAACUUGACUUACCCAGCUUUCAAGCACCCUUUGGCUCCUCCGUACCCAUUUCCAUACAAGUUCAUCAUUAAUCAGCCAGAUAAGUGCAAGGAUCGGACACCUUUCCUUGUUAUAAUGGUCUUUGGAGAGAGUCAUGACAUAGAGUCUAGACACACAAUUCGCGAAACAUGGGGUAAUGAAAGUAUUUAUGAUGCUGAUGUGGUCAAGAUUUUUCUGGUGGGUAUACCUAAAGUUGCUCCUGACGCAACACAGAGGUUGUUGGAGGAGGAAAGCCUGGCCUUUGGGGACAUCAUACAACAAGACUUUAUGGACACCUAUUACAACUUGACCUUGAAAACCUUAAUGGGUUUGGAAUGGGUGACCAAAUUCUGCCCUUCUGCCAGCUAUAUCAUGAAGAUAGACAACGACAUGUUUUUCAAUGUAGACUACUUGGUCCAUCAGUUUCUUAAUCCAGGCUUACCCAUUCAUAACAAUUACUUCACAGGAGCCAUAGUUGCCAACACUGGACCUUUGAGGAGCCGAGCAUACAAGUGGUACGUACCCAAGGAAAUUUAUCCAAAUGAUACUUACCCACCCUAUUGCUCUGGCCCUGGAUAUUUAUUUUCAGUGGAUAUGGCAAAAAAAAUCUAUGAUGUGGCCCAAGAAAUUAGGGUCAUCCCCAUGGAAGAUGCUUUUAUGGGAGUUUGUUUGUAUGAACUUCAUAUUCCACCUACUGCACCCCCUGCUGGCAUAUUUAAUGGAUUCAGGCUAGAAUAUGACCUUUGCAGAUUUAGGAAAGUUGUCACGGUGCACCAUUAUGCUGGAAAAGAGCUACAGAAGGUAUGGGCCGACUUUUGGGCUAAGAGAUCUCAGAAGUGCUAAGAAAACUGAAUUUCUUUUAGUAUAAAUUAAAAAUAACAGGAGACUAAUGUUUUUUUUGGGAAAUUCACAUGAAAAAGUAAAAUUCUCAAUGAUGAAGAGACUUUUUAGGAAACUGCUUUGGGCCUAUUAGGGUGUGCUAAGCUGAUGUUGAUGAGGUUGCCUGACUGAGACCCUCCAUUAUUAGCUACAGCUGGGGGCCAUAUUUACUGUGGUUCUUAAGGACAAUCAUCAAACUUUUAUCUCAAUAGGUGCCAUAUAAUGGAUGAUCAUACUUGUAGCACCAUAACAGGAGGAGCAUAUACUGAAUGGUUCAUCAUGUUAUAUCAAUGAUCAUUGGGUCAUGAUCAGAGAUGACCAGGGGGCCCUGCUAUCAGACACUGAACAUCCCCAUUAUGUAUAAUUUAUAUGCAAGAUUUUAUAUACAGUACAUGUUCUAUUUAUUUAAUUUAUGGACAUUUAUGUAAAAUAUCCAAAUUCCAAAGGGUAAUAUGCCAAUAGAGGGGCACCACGGCACAUUCCAGGCUGGGUUAGACUGGUCUACCAGAGUAUCUAAGGAUCAUUUGGUAGGCCAUCAUUUUCUCAAAAUAAUAAGUGCCUACAGCAAUGGAGCCAAAAGGACCAGCAAAAGACUACCCCAAAUAACCUAGAAGACCCUAUUAAUGGUAUGACACAUGUGUACAGGACAAAGUUUAGAUGCAGAGUGGAUGUGCCUAUGUUCUGUGUAAUUUUAGGGUAGAUCUUCAGAACCAUUUCAUCAAGUGAGCCUAAGGAACCCCAGUCACACCUGGGUCCUUGAGCCUGAAGCGUCCCUAAAGACACCAGUUACAGAUUUUGCACUGGGGUCCACAGCUUCAUGCAAAAAUUGUGUAAAAUGUGCUGCAAAAUAUUUUAUGAUAUUAUAUGAGUUUCACACAUGACUUA